AUGGUUUCUGCCAAGGAGCCAGCCAUCGCCAUGUCCUCGGGUUUCUCCAUCGCCCUCCUGCACUGCCUGUGCCUGGCGACGUGUCUCACCGGGCCGCCAGGGCAGAGCAAAAAAGAGGAGAAAUUGUGGCCGGAGAAUUUCACCAGCAUCCUGAACAGCCUCCUGGAUGGCUAUGACAACCGGCUACGACCGGGAUUUGGGGGUCCUGUUACUGAAGUCAAAACAGAUAUAUAUGUGACCAGUUUUGGACCUGUUUCUGAUGUAGAAAUGGAAUACACAAUGGAUGUCUUCUUCCGGCAGACGUGGGUAGACAAAAGAUUAAAGUAUGAUGGCCCUAUUGAAAUUUUAAGACUGAACAACUUGAUGGUUUCAAAGGUGUGGACUCCUGACACUUUCUUCAGGAAUGGGAAAAAGUCUGUUGCACAUAAUAUGACAGCCCCAAAUAAACUCUUUAGAAUAAUGAGAAAUGGCACCAUCUUGUACACAAUGAGGCUUACAAUAAGUGCAGAGUGUCCCAUGAGAUUAGUGGAUUUUCCCAUGGAUGGUCAUGCUUGUCCUCUCAAAUUUGGGAGUUAUGCUUAUCCAAAGAGUGAAAUGAUUUAUACCUGGACAAAAGGACCUGAGAAAUCAGUGGAAGUUCCUGAGGAGUCUUCCAGUUUAGUUCAGUAUGACCUGCUUGGGCAUACGGUGUCCACUGAAACCAUUAAAUCUAUUACAGGUGAAUAUAUUGUUAUGACAGUUUACUUCCACCUCAGACGGAAAAUGGGUUAUUUUAUGAUUCAGACCUAUAUCCCAUGCAUUAUGACCGUGAUCCUCUCUCAAGUUUCGUUUUGGAUAAAUAAGGAGUCGGUUCCAGCUAGAACUGUGUUUGGAAUAACCACAGUGUUGACAAUGACUACACUGAGCAUCAGUGCAAGACAUUCACUGCCAAAAGUAUCCUAUGCUACUGCCAUGGACUGGUUCAUAGCAGUCUGCUUUGCCUUUGUGUUCUCUGCUCUCAUUGAGUUCGCUGCUGUCAACUAUUUUACUAAUAUACAAAUGGAAAAAGCCAAAAGGAAGACAGUAAAAUCCCUCCUUGAAUUUCCAGUUGCUCCAGUACAAAGAGAAAGAAGUACAGAAGAGGCAGUCACGAGUACAGAUGCCAAUUCAAAUGUGAGAAAAAGAACGAAUGCCACGGUACAAUCUGACGCUGAUGGUGGGAGCCGAAUUGACACGAGACACAGCUCCAUCCAGCCUCCCUCUGUAGCUCAGGGGUCUUCUGACAUUACAUCCCGCUCCCUUUCUGCAUCAAGUCCCAACCCUUUCACACGCAUCAAUGCAUCAGAGACAUUAUCUUCUGCAAGAGCUACCCCUCCAGCUCCUCCUUCUACCCCAAUUCUAACUGGAUUUGUAUCCCAGCAUGCCACAGCUGGAUCCUCUUCCAUUCAGCACUUGCUUGGAUCUAGACUGGAGCAGAUUCAGACCACCACACCUAAUACAUUAGGAGCAUCUGUAAAGCCAUCUGCUGUUACACCACCUGCUCCCCCUGCCUCCCAUUCUGGCACGAGUAAGAUAGACAAAUAUGCACGCAUUUUAUUUCCUGUUACCUUUGGAGCUUUUAACAUGGUCUACUGGGUGGUGUAUCUAUCCAAGGAUACCAUGGAAAAAUCAGAAAGUCUAAUGUAG